AUGCCGCCAAGACGUAGAAAAACCAAAUCUAAGCGACCAAAUUUGAAAAACUUGACACUAAGGAAUUCCGAGAAUACCACGCAAAAGGUAUCUGCAGACGAAGCGGAAAAUUCGAAAAAUUUGCGAACGUCCCCGAAAAGACUUAAAAGUUCAACUACCGAAGAAGAAGAGACUGAGGCUCCUCAACAGACAACCCAAAUUAAAGCUAUUGAAGCUAGUCCUCCUCCAGCAACUUACACGACACCUAAAAGUGCACGUUUAAGCGGCUUUUUUAAGGCAUCCAAACCAGGCACUUCAGAAAAGGUUUAUGACAAUGCAAAGUCUUUUUUUCGUUUAUCUGCUACCCCAAAAAAACUUGUGGGUCGCGAAACAGAAAGAGACACGAUCACUGAAUUUUUAGAAAAGCAUAUUAUUGAAAAAAAACCUGGAAAUCUUUUUAUUCACGGAAUACCCGGCACUGGCAAAACGGCUCUUGUAAACGAAAUUUAUAAUGAUAUGAAAGAUUCUAUCGAAAAAAAAGCAAAAUGUUCUGUCAAGUUUGUUAAUAUUAAUUGUAUGAGCCUCAAUGAUCCGAAAAAGAUUUACGCGACAAUUUUAGACAUAUUGGACCAAAAGACUAAUGGCGUAAAGAGUGCCGAUGAAGUUCUUAACUAUUUAUUUUUGAAAUCAAAAAAGAAUGCUAUGUACGUUGUUAUAUUGGAUGAAAUCGAUUCUCUCGUAACAAAUGAUCGAGAAAUAUUGUACAAAUUAUUUGAUUGGACAUUCGUGCACACUUCACGAUUGAUUUUGAUUGGAAUAUCAAACAUGUCGAAACUUACGGAAUCACUUCCUCGUCUCAAGGACAAAGAUUUUUUAAACUUUGCUCCAUAUGACAAUUCCGAGAUUGCGGAUAUUAUUAAAGACCGCCUUAAAGCUGCGUCAUCUUCAGAACAUUCUUUCUUAAUAGAUGAUAAAGCAAUCGAAUUGUGCGCAAAAAGAGUUGCGGCUAAUAACGGCGAUUGUAGAAAGGCAUUAGAUGUUCUUAGAAAAUCUUUUGAACUUGCCGAGACUGAAGAUAUUGAUAAUAUAUUAGACCCAGACGUUAAAGACUCUGCGGAGAAAUCAGAACUUGAUAAUUCGAAUUCACCAAUGGUCACAAUUACACAUAUUAAUCAAAUUACAAACUCUGAUAUCACGGGCACAUCUAUGAUGCGAACUCUUAAUGCUCUACCGUUUCUUCAACUGCUCAUAAUUUGUACAUUGGUUAUCAUGAAGAAGAAAAAAAUGAAAAAGAUUACUUACGGCGAGCUAUUUCCGGAAUAUCAACGAUUCUGCCGGAAUAGAAAUCACUUGUUACCAGUAAAUUCGAGUGAAUUUGAAAUGCCAGUGCAAAGGCUUGAAAGUGCCGGUCUAAUUAAAAUAACGCGCUCUCGUAAUGGUUCUGCGGAUCGUGUAAUUCAGUUAUCGCCCGAUGUAGAACGAGAUAUAUGGAAUGUAGUGGAUAAUAAUAAUAUCCUAAAGCCAAUGAUGAAUGAUGCAUUGAAAUCUUUGUAG